GUUGCCGACGGAGAAGGCAAAGACAAGGACCAUGUAGUCCCCUCACAAGGAGUUGGGAAGCAGUGACUGGGAUUCCCUGUUCCCUGUCUCGCUUGAGAUAGGUGGACGGAGCUCCUCAGGAAGAAGUGUGACGGCGACGGGCGAUCGAAAGGCUCCGCCACGGCGCGCGGGCCCCGCGCGGAAUCCGGCCAAUGGACCUUUCGCCCAAUAGCAUUCCGAGGUAGCGGAUGCCCUCACCAUCUCGGCCAAUCAUGUUUCGAGUUAAGCCGCACGCGGGCCCCGGUAGCCGCAUCUCGUCCUGUGCCAGCUCGCCACGUCGCCAAAAGCGCUUCCCCACCCUUUUUUAACGCAAAUAACUGCCGCGGCUACUUCGGUUCUCAACAUGACUCUACUUGCACUUCUCUCCAAUUGACUUCUCCUCCAGCAAUGAGCUACGCCGAGAAGCAGCGCUCGGCCGGUGCCGUGGCAGCCAGGACGGCUCGCGCCUGCGACAGCUGCCUCCGUCGCCGCGCCAGGUGGUUCUGCGAGGCCGACGACGCCUUUCUCUGCCAGUCCUGCGAUGCCUCAGUCCACUCCGCCAAUCCUCUCGCCCGCCGCCACCGCCGCGUCCGUCUCGAUACCGCUUCCUGCUCCUCGCCAUCCUCCUCCUCUUCUUCGCCCCCGACGGAUGAUGUGUCGGGUGAUCAUUCGAUGCCCCCGUGGCUGCAUGGCUUCAAGCGCAAGCCGCGAACUCCUCGCGGCAAGCCGGGGCGAGCCCUCGCGGCGGCCAAAGUGGAGACCCUCGUGCCCGACCUCGAGACGAUGUCCACGGAGGAGAACCGAUCCAACGAGGAGGAGCAACUCCUCCACUGCGUGCCCACCCUCGACCCUCUCCUUAUCGAGUCCUGCUCCCAGCAUCCAGUCGACGAUGGCAGCCCUUCUGAGGACGACGUGAAGCCGGCCCUGCAGCUAGCGGACUUCGCUCACGUCUCCGCCGCCGAUGGCCUCGCGGGUUUCCGUCCGUCGGACUUGGACCUUGCGGAGUUCGCGUCCGACAUGGAGGCCUUGCUCGGUCGGGGGCUCGACGACCACUCGUUCUGCAUCGACGGGCUGGGCCUAGCGGACGCAACGCUGGAGGAUGACGGUAUGGAGCAUGUGAAGGUGGAGGAUGGCGACGCCGCCUGUGGUUUCGGAGUGGAGAUCGCCUUAUCGAAGGACACGAUGGACCUCGACUUCGACAGCCGGACGGCAACGAUGGCGGUCCAAGUCAAAGACCACAAACCAUCACAGGAGGCAGCAACGAAGAGGAGGCCGAUACUGAGGCUGGACUACGAGGCUGUCAUCGUUGCCUGGUCGUCCAACGGAUGUUCGCCAUGGACCGACGGCGAGCGGCCACAGUUCGACCCGAGUGAUGCAUGGGCGGACUUCCUGGUGGCGGAGGCAGGAGGCGGAGGAGAGGUGCAAGGGAUGUAUCAACAGGCGGGUCACAUGGCGGCGGUGGAUGGAGGGAGGGAGGCAAGAGUGUCGAGGUACCGGGAGAAGCGGCGGACGAGGCUGUUCUCGAAGAAGAUAAGGUACGAGGUGCGGAAGCUGAACGCAGAGAAGCGACCGAGGAUGAAGGGCCGCUUCGUGAAGCAGGCAGCAGCUCCUGCCUUAUCAUGCCGAUGAAGCAGGAGGAAUCAAAGAAACCCCACCAAGUUAAUGAACUCUUUGAAUGCAGAUUGCUAAGUUCAAGCAGGAAUUGUGGGUAGCAGUCAUCAAUGGAAGUUGAUAUCUAUGUAUCUAUAUAUCUAACAUAUCAAUCAAUUACUAGUGCUUCUUUUCGUUUCUAUGUUAAGUGGUGUAGUAUCAUCAAUGGAAGAUGAUGAUAUGUAACAGACCAAGUAACUCUUGUUUCUUCUUUGCAAUUCUAUCAUUUUUUAGGAUUGUGAUGAAGAAAAAGCUUUAUUUGAUCAGUUCUUCAA